ACGGUUUUUCGCUAUUUUAAGCUAAACCGUGAUGUAACAAAUGUUUUUAUUAGUUUAUUCGGGACUAACAAACGUUUCCACAUCGAUUGCACCCGUUUCGAAACAAAAACUGUGAAAAAGUCAAUAUUUUUCGGCUAACUGAACACUACAAUUUAUUUUUGUUAUUGCAAAAAACUGUUAUUUAACAAAUUUUUUAAUUAGUCUAGCAAUCAAUAAUAAAUGACUAACCAUCGAUGUGCAAGUAAAGAAAUUCGAAAAGUCAAAGUUGCCUGCCUAACUUGACAGAGGAGUCAGCCAUAAGGAAAGGAAGGAAGGAGAAUUCAGUAAUAGAACGCAGACGGUCGACCAAUGGUGUAUCACUUCCAGAGGAAUUCUCGUUGUGUUAUUAGUUGGGACUUGCGUUUAAUCGCGCGGUUGGCGAGUGUGACUGGGCCCUUACACAAUGGGCUUAAAUCUGUUUACUUAAUACUGACCUAAGGAAUAGACAAAUAGUAGACAUUUUUACUUGCAAGGAAUAUUUGGGAUUAGUCAAUUCCUUUAAUCAGUAUUAGCUAAACCACUUUAAUACCGUCGUCUAAAUGUAUGAAUUAACACACCAUCGGUGUGUUCGGGUGGUAAAUUGGUGUGGUUGGCAUUUCUUGGAUUAGAACAAUUCAGAGAUAACAUUACUGGUACUGUAGAAAGUAAACAUUUUUUGAACGACAUGGUGGAAGAAAUUAGAUUAAAGUGGUGUGAGGACUUAGAAGAGUUACUUCAAUGUCCUGUAUGUUAUGAACGACCAGUGGGAACCAUAUAUCAAUGUAUACGGGGGCAUCAUAUAUGCAACUUUUGCAGGACACAAAUGGAUGACUGCCCUCUGUGUAAAUCAUCUUUUUCCUUAACACGAAGUUUUCUUGCUGAGGCAUUGUCAUCGAAGCUGGAUGAUAUUAAGUUAUCUUUGAUAAAUCCAAUGGAUGCUAUUAAUAAAAAACCUACAGUAAAACAAUUUUGUGAUGUUGCAACUGGUACUGAACCUAUACCACUUGAUGUAAAGAAACCAGAACUACCAAAAGCCGGGAAAGGAAUAUUUCCAUGUCGUGUGGGAUUUUGCUUAGCAGAAUUGCCACAUGGUAGAAUGAUACCUCACGUUCGAUAUUUCCAUGAAGAUAAACUUUAUGAAUUAUCUAGCCCAGAUGGUGAAACUUACACACAAGAUUGGCAAAUAAAUUAUUUGAAGAAGUCAGAUUUUGAUAUAGCUCUUCGCAUCAAGGAAAUGGGCCUUUUUUUUCUCAACAUCGUUUUUGACGAUUAUGGUGAUUUAUGUGGAUGUUUGCAAAUUGUGAAUAGUUCAUCUAUAGGAAAACAAUUCGAAUAUAAACUCGAAGUAGAAGGAAGACGUAGAAAUUCCAGUUUCACAGGAAGCGUUCCUUCUUGCCGCUCAUCUUCUAAAAAAAUUUAUGAUGAUUGUCUUCAUGUCAAUAGCACUGACAUGCUGCGUAUGAUUAGUGAUGACGGACUUUUCUCUUGUAAAUUAAGUAUAACGCGUGAUUGUCAACCAGAUGCCAAGUGUUUGUAUUGGUAUAAAUCUACAUAAUCGGAUCACAGAACGGAACAAUCUACCAAUAAGCGAUAAAUAGGGAAAUGCCACAUGUGAAACAAAUGUGUACAAUAUGCGUUGAUGAAUAUGUUUAUUUUGUUUUCAAAUGAGUUACAAACCUGUUGUUCUGUAACGCGUGGAUUUUACUUUUUUUUAUGUUGUUAUAUUAUGUGCAUAAGCGUUCGGACAAUAUGACGUAAGUGUAAGAUUAGUGUAUAAUAGCUGUAGGAUUUUUGGUCAAGAUGUAGUUUACAUCUUAAAAAGUUAGUUAUUAUAAGUAUAUGUUUUGUAUGUAAUUGCUAGGGAACACGCACCAAAUCAUUCAAAAAGAAUAACCAAAGACAACAUCGUAUAGUGUCGAUAUUCGCAAAUAUGAUAUAUAAUUACGUUUAGUUUUAUAUGCGUUUUCAAACAUAGAAUGACAAACUAUCAGAUCCUUAUUCUGAUAAUAAGAAAUGUAAUCAGUUUUAUAUAAUUUGCUACACCUGUAAUUUUGUUUUGUAUUCCAUUAAAAUGCUUUUGACUCUGUAUUUCCUAUUUGCUGCCAGAAAAAGGAAUUUUGCACAUGCACUCUUUCAAAAUUGGAAACGUAUUAGCGUAGAAAAAUGACAAGAAACUACAGUAAAAUUUAUAACAGAUUGUGAGAAAAAUAAAAUUUUAAUGGCAAUAAUUACAA